UGCGCACUGAAAAAUCACUAGUCAAGCAGACUUCAUUUAGAGCGCCUUUCUUGGAUCAGUCGUCUCUCUCUCUCUCUCUCUCUCUCGGAUGUUAUAUCAGUGCAAAGACCUUGCUGGCGGAGAUACCGGGAUGUGUACGGAUGUGUGCGAGAAAGACAAGACUGACUUAUCCUCAAACUUGUAGCAACCUCCUCCUCCAUUCAGUAAGUUGAGAGGUUGAUGAAACUUUUCUUGAAUGAGUAUCCCGCCGCUGGCUGGCACAUCUGGACUCAGGGUAGUCGGGGCUGUCAAGUCCAGCGCCAACUUUUAGCCGGACCUGACCUGACCCCCCCUCUUUCGAUUUGUUCUCCCAAAAGUUUGAGGCGGAAUAUUGGACUUUGAACUCUUUAAAAAGAAAAAAAGAAAAAAAAAACUUUUUUGUUUCUUUUUUCAUAUUUACAAGGCACAAAAUGGAACACUCAGCCCUCAGAAUAACAUGCAUCUUGGUGGUUAUCUGUCUCAUGGAUAAAAGGAUAGACUCCAAUGAAAUCUUGGGCCUGAAGCUCCCCAACAUUGACCCAAUCCUGAACGCCAACACAGUGUGUCUCACACUGCCGGGGCUGACACGGCGCCAGCUGGAGGUGUGCAUGCGGAACCCCGAUGUGACGGCUUCAGCAAUCCAGGGAAUCCAGAUUGCCAUCCACGAGUGCCAGCACCAGUUCAGAGGGCACCGCUGGAACUGCUCCAGCCUGGAGACUCGGAACAAAAUACCCUACGACAGCAUAGUCUUUAAAAGAGGUUUUAGAGAGAGUGCCUUUGCAUAUGCCAUUGCGGCAGCGGGUGUGGUGCACGCGGUUGCCAAUGCCUGCUCCAUGGGCAAACUGAAGGCAUGCGGCUGUGAUGAGAAGCGACGUGGGGAUGAGGAGGCCUUUCGCAUCAAACUCCACCGCUUGCAGCUGGAGGCCAUCCACCGGGGGAAGGGUAUGGUACAUGGUGUCAUGGAGCACUUCCCCGCCGACCUGCCAGGACCCCAGGACUCCUGGGAGUGGGGUGGCUGCAGCCCCGAUGUGGAAUUCGGAGAGAAGUUCUCGCGGGACUUCCUGGAUGCCCGUGAGACCUACAAAGACAUCCAUGCCCGUAUGAGGCUGCAUAAUAACAGAGUUGGGAGACAGGUGGUGCUCGACCACAUGAGAAGGAAAUGCAAGUGCCACGGGACGUCUGGGAGCUGCCAGCUUAAGACCUGCUGGCAAGUCACCCCAGAGUUCCGUGUGGUGGGCUCAAUCCUCAAAGAGCGCUUCCACAUCGCCACGCUUAUCAAGGCUCAUAACCGGAACACUGGACAGCUCGACCACUCCCACCACAACAACCACCACAGCCACCACAACCACCACCACCAUCACCAUCAUCAGAACAACCACCAUCACCACCACCACACACAUCGGCGGCGGCCAAGCAUCAACGAACUGGUCUACUUUGAAAAGUCGCCAGAUUUCUGUGAGCGGGACCUGGGGUCGGACUCAGCUGGCACGCAGGGCCGGAUCUGCAACAAGACCAGCCCCGGCAUGGACAACUGUGAGAGCCUGUGCUGCGGGAGAGGCCACAACAUCCUGCAGCAGACGCGGAGCGAACGCUGCAACUGCAAGUUUCACUGGUGCUGCUAUGUGGUCUGUGAAGAGUGCAGGAUAACAGAGUGGGUCAGUGUCUGUAAAUGAAGAAACAAGUAUCAAAAAACUAAAUAAAGAUAAAACAAAGAAAAAGAGACAUUUUUAAAUAAAGACUAUUAAUUUGAAAGGGGAAUAUGACUGUAAUAUAUGUGCCCCAUACCUUUUUGCGAUGGACUGCUGUUUUCCAGAAGAGCAAGGACAGAGUGUGAAGCAGCUGAGCCAGCAAAGAGAUAGAUGUGCAUGUUGGUAAAGAGUGUGCACAUGCAGCGUAUGUUGUAAAGCUGCCACAACCCAGAGAGCUUGGAUGUUUACUGCCUUCCUCUUGAGAUUAAGGAACAUAACUAUAUCAGAUCAAUAUCUGAAAACUCCAAAUAUGAAAACUGAGCUAUGAAAACAACUGAAUUUUGUUGUUUCAUGAGCAUGUGUUGACUGACGUACAGCUGCAUGAGAUUCAGGUGAGCAAAGAGGAAGUUGAGAGGAAGCAGUAGAUUGCAUGCAGAAAUAAAAUAAUAUUGCUUCAUAGCACCAGUGACAUAUAAGGUGAAAAGGCUGAUGUCUGCAUCCCAUGAAACUUUAAAAAUGGGAGAAGACACCUCAAGAGCAUACUCUAUACAAUAGUUCCUCCAUUAUCUAUGUGAUAACUUACAGCAUAAACACAACCAUGUUACACAGCAUUUGCUAUCAUGCUAUCUCCGUCUACCACAUACAGAUACACAUACAUAAACCUUUUUAUACAUCAGGGUUCACAAUGCACAGGAUUUGACAUGGCACAACACAUUUGUAGCACAAAAGGAUUUAGUGCCUUGUUUGAGGGCAGUUUCAGUUGUAGGGUUUGUAGCAGAUAUCAUGUUACACCUAGAAUACAUCAGGGGUUUGUCUGGUUCAGAUGACACUCUGUAGAUGUAGCAGUUAAUCAUAUCACUAUGUUGUAUGCAUAAUUCUAACUCUGAUAAAAGUAAUGGCAUCACCCAAUGAAGCCAUUUUAGUAAAGGAGACAGAGUCCAACAUCAAGUUCCAGGUCAGACUGGACAAUUUAAAUGGGAAAUUUGUGUGAAAAGGGGCAAGGCAAAGGACAUUACAGUAACACUGAAUCAGAGGGACUGAAGCUAAAGCUAAUCAAAAAACUGAUCUGGAACUCUGUGUGUUGUGUUGGUGCCACUUCCUAGGAUUCCUCAAAUCAGACCCUCACAACCGAAAGCAUUUCCUCUCCUCUAAUAGAGGAAUGUUUAAUUAAAUUCACACAAAUCAGCUUUCAGUAGAGUAAGAACAAGCACUCUUCCUAUAAACUCUAAGAUUCAUUUUGUCCAUUUGAAAAUCACUAUUUGCAAACCACAAGCUUGUGCAUUUGUUUUCAGACCUCCCUAAAGCACAGCACAGACACACUGUCCCACAUUAUCAAAAAUGUACCAUGUGCGAUCUGUGUCUGUGUGUGGUAUGUAAUGUAAGAGGCCUGUCAGAGUACACAGAGUGCAUGGUAGAACUUAAUUUAACAGUUACGGUUUUCAUCUUCAGCAUCAUCUGAAGAGCAUUGUAAAUAAAACCUAAUAAUGCUGCACAAAUAUCAACAAUAAACUGAAAGUGCCUCAGGAAACUGAGUGCACAUGAGCAGGCUUCAGUUCCUCACUCUAUAAACAUCCUAAGUUGUCAUCAAUCAAAGUGUUUCCUGUUUUGUGAUGCAAUGUACUGUGUGCAACACUGUAAGCUUCUUGUAAUAUAUCUACACUUACCUUCUUCACACUUCUUCGAUGUGUACAACAGAGAUAUGUCAACUUUAAAGUAUAUACAUAAAAAAGUUGAUAUGGAUUUCUGCCUAUGCACAUGUUGAGGAUCAUAUUUGGUUUCAUGUAACUUGUAUGAGUGAGGCUCCUUAUCAGACAGUGUAAUUUAUUUCAAGAAAAUAUGUUUGUGUGUUAAAAGCAGAGGACAAAAAAAUCUGGGAUUAUGUUUCCAGUGUAACAGAUUAUUUUGAUUCUGAUAAGUAGUUUGCACAUACAGAACUGUGUCCAGGAAAACUCUGGGAAAAUAUCAGCAAUAUGCAUUUUUUUCAUGUCAUAAAGUAAUGUAUGUAUGUAUUUUUAUGUUUUAAUAUGGUUAUUAUCUAAGUUAUUUUAUUUUUGUGGAUAACUUAAUAUUUGUAAAACAUUAAAAAAGACCACAAUAUUGAAAGGGGCUUUAAUGUGAUGAAUAAUAAAAUACACAAAAACAGUGGAUUUGGUAAGAGAA